AUGCAGUACGUCCGAAGUAUCAGCGGUUCGGUGUCGAAGACAUGGAAUUCUAUCAAUCCAGCCACCUUGAGUGGGGCCAUUGAUGUCAUCGUCAUUGAGCAGGAAGAUGGAACACUCGCCUGUUCACCGUUCCAUGUUCGAUUCGGCAAGUUCUCUUUGCUUCGUCCAUAUGAGAAGAAGGUGGAAUUUCAAGUCAAUGGAGUCAAGCAGGACUAUGCAAUGAAGCUCGGGGAGGGCGGAGAGGCCUUUUUCGUCUUUGAAACAUCAGACGAGAUCCCCGCUUCACUGCAGACGUCACCGCUAGUAUCGCCGGCGGCCAGUCCGAGAACGCGGAGCGAGGAAGAUCUUCCGUCUUCUCUUCAAGAACCGGAGUUUCUGGACCUCGAAAAGUCCUCUGCCACUACUCAUUCGCAGGAUGCGAAAGCAGGCUCGAACAUACCUCUGUUUUCGAGGGGGGCGAGGGCAUCUAGUGAUUUGGGUGCCAUGACUCCUCUGUCACAGUCCCCGGAUGAGACCAGCGUCAGCCGACUCCGCCGCGGCUCCUUGGGCAACGCACUAGGCUUUGACCGGGCAGCGUCUGAGCCUGUAAUAACGGCGAAGAAAAGUACCGGCACUUCCAGUGAGGGUGAUUUUGCAGUUGGAUCGCAGCCUCCCAGUCCCACAAUCAGCGACACUGAGCGUCCUCGGAGUCCUCCUUUACUGACGCCUCAGGAAGCCGUUUCGCGUGCACUUUCUCUUUCAAAGAAACUGUCGUCAUCCAACAUUCCAACUCGGGUCAAUGAGACUGGCGAUCUCAUGCUCGACAUGACCGGUUACAAAAGCAACGAGGAGGACGCUCUACGUGCCGAACUCAUUGCCCGUAAGAUAUUGGCGGAGGAACUGGAGGGAAGCUACGACAUUGGAGGCCUCAUCGGAGCGGACGAGCAUGGAAACUUGUGGAUCUACAGUAGCGAGGAGGCAAAGGAGGCUGCCAACCGCCGGGCGACUUUUAAUUCGAUGCGACCGCACUCGGCCAUGAGUGAAAACGCCAUCUCUGACCCUGGGUACCACAGCGACACUGAUCACCCUAUGUCCGAGUCGCCGUAUCCGACUCGGCAUCAACGUGCGAAAUCCGAUGUGCAGCCAGGCUUCCCUACCCCUCCGCAGUCACCUACUCAAGACUCGACUCCAGCAGAGCCAACCCGGAAUUAUGCCAAGACUCUUCGCCUGACGAGUGACCAGCUCAAGGCACUGAAUCUGAAGCCCGGUGCCAAUCCAAUGUCGUUCAGUGUGAACAGAGCUACCUGUACUGCGACUAUGUACCUCUGGAAUAGCACCACGCCCAUUGUCAUUUCCGAUAUCGAUGGGACGAUCACCAAGUCCGAUGCUUUAGGGCAUGUGUUGAACAUGAUCGGUCGCGAUUGGACUCAUGCUGGUGUGGCAAAGCUCUACACCGACAUAGUCAACAACGGCUACAAUAUCAUGUAUCUCACAAGUCGAUCUGUGGGUCAGGCGGAUACCACCCGUACCUACAUUUACGGAGUCUGCCAAGAUGGCUACAGGUUACCCAAGGGUCCUGUCAUUAUGAGCCCUGACCGGACGAUUGCGGCGCUCAGGCGGGAAAUCUACCUGAGGAAACCGGAGGUGUUCAAGAUGGCUUGCUUGCGGGACAUUUUGGGUCUUUUCAACGGAAAAGAGAAUCCAUUCUACGCUGGCUUCGGCAACCGUCUGACAGACGCGCUGAGUUACCGGUCGGUCAACAUUCCGUCGAGCAGGAUCUUCACCAUCAACUCGAACGCGGAGGUAUCCUUAGAUCUUCUCAGCCUGAAUAAGUACAAGAGCAGUUACGUGACCAUGCAGGAACUGCUAGAUCAUUUCUUCCCACCUGUCAGCCUGCUGGUCCAACCUGGGGGUGAAAAUUGUACUGAUUUCACCUACUGGAGGGAGGCUCCUCAGGAUGUUGAGAUAUUCUCGGAUACGGACAGUGAUGAAGAAGACGAAGAGGACGAAGACGAGCUAGACGAGGAGAUAGAAGAUGAGGAAGAGGAGGAGUAUGAGGGCGAUUUGACCGAAGAAGAUGGCAGUGAAAUUGAUGAGGAGGUUGACGAACUCGGGGAGAGUUACAUCUCACAGGAGUCGAUGGAUGGACUUCGGUUGUCUGACUCCAUCGCCUCUUUGGCCGCAGACGGUUCAACCCAGGUCGAGGAAGAUGAAGAUGAAAAUGCGGAGGAUAUGGCCGCUGAGACCAAGCUGCCGAAUUCGAGGCUUUCCCCAACGUCUGAACCCGUUCGGUCUGCUUGA